AAACUUUUAGGUGCUUCAACGGAUAAUGCCGCUUCAAUGAUUAAAGCCAUGGAUCAACUUGGUGUUGAGCAUAUAGGUUGCACCGCGCAUACAAUACAACUUGCGUUGGGAGAUGGAUUUGAUGAUACUGAAGUUAGUAACUUAAUAAGUAAAGCAAAAACAUUAAAUAGUUAUGUCAGUGGUAAAGAUAAAUACCGUGAAAGCCUUCGUGAAUUACAAGCUGAAUUAAAUCCGCAACACCAA